AUUAUGGAAAUUACAGUCAGCCUGGAGCUCAAGCACAAAGCUAUGGAGGCUACAGUGGACAGUCAAGCCAAGGUUAUGGACAGGCCUCACAGGGUUGAAUUCUCAGUCUUCAACAUCAGGCUAUGGACAGAGUGGGCAAGGCUAUGGACAGAGUGGGCAAGGCUAUGGAAAUGAGCGUUAUCGUAAUACUUAUGGACAACAACAGAUGUACGGCAGUUAUGGACAGCAUUCUGAUUCCCCCAGCAGUUAUGGCUCAAAAUCGGAAACAGAGUAUAGUUCCCAGUCAAGCCAAUCAAGUUACAAUAAAUCAAGUUACAGCCAGUCGACCUCCUACCAUUCACCACAUGAAGGUUAUGGCCAGCAGAGACCAGGAGAUGACUAUGAACAGGAUAGACCUGGGAGGAGUAAAUUUGGAGAUGACAACAGAAACUUUGGCAGGCAACAAGGUAGAGGUCGUGGAGGAUACAACAAUAGUGGAUAUGAAAAUGACAGAGGGGAACGUGGUAGAAUGGGGCUCAAGAGAUCAUGGACAAGGUCCUAAUCCUGCCUCUGAUGAUAACUCUGAUAACAACACCAUUUUUGUCCAGGGCUUGGGCGACAACGUGACAACUGAACAAGUUGCUGAGUUCUUUAAACAAAUUGGUGUGAUUAAGACUAAUAAGAAAACUGGAAGUGCCAUGAUCAACCUCUAUACCGAUAAGGUGACAGGCAAACUGAAAGGUGAAGCAACAGUGUCUUUUGAUGACCCACCAUCAGCAAAAGCAGCAAUUGAUUGGUUUGAUGGAAAGGACUUCCAUGGAAACAUAAUAAAAGUUUCAUUUGCAACAAGGCGAUCAGAGUUCGUGCGAGGUGGCAGAGGUGGCCGUGGAGGUAGCCUUAUAGGUAGAGGACAUGGUCGUGGUUUUCGUGGUGGAGGUGGUGGUCCGAGGGGUGACGAUUGGACUUGCCCAAAUCUGUCAUGUGGUAAUGUCAAUUUCUCAUGGAGAAAUGAAUGCAACCAGUGCCGAACACCCAGAGUGGAUGGUGGAGGUGGUGAAUAUCGUGGCAGAAGUGGAUUCAGAGGCCGUGGGGGUAGAGGUGGAGAACAUGGUUUCGGUUCUGGGAAAAUGGGCGGAGGAAGAAGUGAUCACAGAAUGGAUCGACGCGACAGGCCUUACUGAAAGCAUCUGAGCUACAAGAUUUUUUUAGUGGUGCUUUACCAUUGAUGCAAUGUAAUGUACUUUUUCCACUGUGUAUUUGAAGAUGAAGAUUAAACAAUUUUUAAUAAUUUGCCUCUACAGUGACUUGUCUUUGACUACUCCCGAUCGGUUAAUAGCAACAGCAUAGCUGUUCAUGUAAGCAGUACACUUGUAUAAAACUGGUUCAUUAUAUUGUCAUCUUGGGUAGUAUUGAUGCCUUUCCUGUAUUGAUAGAUUUUUAAGCUGUGAAAAUGUGACUGCAUACAUUCAGUUGAAGUUUAGUCUUGAGUUUUAAUAAUGGAUACUAAACAUGUUGCUUUUUCCGUUGACUUUAAAUCUGCAAUAAAAAUGUGUGUUCAGUGGUUUGGUUUCUAAUGUCCUAUAGCAUUGUGUGGCUAUUUACUAAAUUUUGCUGUUUUCAUCUUGUGGUUCAUCUGAUUGACAUAAAAUGAAUUAUAGAUGUAUAGAUCCUCAGUAAGACUUCAAAAGUAAUUUAAUAAUUAUUUAAUAAUCCUGACUUCACAUUAGCUGCCAUGUUCUAAUUUUGUUAGCAGUUUUGUUUUUUUUCAUUUGCAAUGGUUAUCUUGUCUGGGCAGGGAUUGGCAUC